UGCAUUUUGUGGUGUCGACAAACAGCAACGGCGAACUGCUUCAACUGGCGACCACCAUGACCACUGCACAGCGGCAGCAGCAGCAGCACGCACCGCCGUCGGCUGGGGCGUUGAUUGUGACGAAUGUGCAGCUGCUGGGGUUUGGGGCCGUCAGCUCCCACAAGGGCAAGCCCAUCGAGCUCAGCCCACGAAUGUUCCAGUCAACCAACCAUGCGGCGAUGGAUGCGCUUGUGCACUUCCUGCUGACUGCCUAUGACGCGAAACAGGCGAAGAAACGCUUCAAAUACUGUUGGCCACCGCUUGACCGCAAGCAAGAAUCAACAUUUCGGAAAGAGGCCGCCACAUGGAUCAAAGAACUUGGAGAGGAGGCGUCCAACUCCCAGAUCCAGCGAACAGCUGCCAUAGCCAUGCUGUCCCCUGCAGGACACAAGGCUGAGGAGUUUCUGCUUCACCUGUCGUCGCUGGUGCUGCACAAGCGUCUUCUCUCCCUCAACACGCGCUACCAUGCCUGGGAGUGGUCCAAUGACGUCCCUCCAAGCCAAACCAACAUGGCCACCUCUAUCAUGCAGGCGAAGACAGCCAUGCUCGCGCGCAGAUUUGUGCGCAAGUGUCAAGAUGCUGUCGCUGUUCAGCAGAACUGGCGCAGCGCCGCCGCCGCCAUCACCCGCAGAUAUAGGGCGCUGCACCGCCAGCGGGUCAAAUUGACGCGGGACCUGAACGCCCUCGGCAUUGACGGAAAAUACGAUGCGCAGGCGGAAGCAGAUGCCCGCGUGUCUGCUGUGGAUGACGUCAUGCAGCGGUGGGCGCGUGUGGACGAUUCUUCCGAUCUUGUGAUGGCGUUUCAGUCCGCAACCGCCUUUGCAGCACGCGCACAUGAACAGCGGGAGCAAUCGUGUUUGGACCUGAGCACCACAGCGCUUCACAUUCCACAAGACCUCGUCGCCCAGGGCGGGCGCGGGCUGGAUGUCAAUGCAAGCGGGCAGAUCAAGUUGAGCGCUCUCAUCCGCCUCUGGUCCACGGCACUCGACCGAAUCAAGACUGCCGUGUCCGAAUCACAACCACACAACGAACAAACACCACCAUCACCAUCGUCGCCAUCGCAAUCGCAGGCACCACCACCCAAUAUGGUGGCUGCGGGCGCUGCCCUGCGCGAUACGGCUUCCGGGCAGCAGCACCACCUGCAGUCGCUGCACACGGCGCUGGAGCAGCUGCGUGGCCGCGUGCUGGCCGACGUCAACGCCCGCAUUGGCGCCCUUCGCACAGAUGUGGACAUCCUCCUGAGGCACGUGCACGCACAGCAGCAGCAGCAGCAGCAGCAGCAGCGUGGCGGUGUUGGCGGUGGCAACGCGAUGGCGUUUGAAUCUCCGCCUGUUUCUCGACUUCCCGCAACGCCAAAGAUUAUGAACGCGAGUGGCACCUCCACGUCCCUUCUCGACACCUCACUCGCCGUCAUGCGUGAUGUUGACGAGGCGUCCCCAUCGGACGUGCCGUCCUCCCCCAUGCGCACAGAGGACAUGCGCCGCCUCAUCAGCCGGACACCAACAGGUCGCGACACCACAAGCCGCAGCUCGGCACUCGCGCGUCCGCUUCGCGUGCAGACGCCGCGCGCUGUGCGUGAUAUUCUCACACAGGCGCAGCGUUCGCCCGCACGUGUCACGCCACUUCGCGCAACCGGCACCACCGCACAGAAGCAGCGACAGAAGGCUGCGGGUGCACCGUGGACAGCGCAAGCAGCACGGGCACAAACAGAAACAGAAACAGCAGCAUCCACGUCCUCGCCAGCACCACCAGCACCACCAACAGAAGCAACAACAGCAACAGCAGAAGCAACAUCAGCAGCAGGAAAACCAGCAUCCAUCAAUGGACGAACAGGACACACUCGCGCCGGACCUGCCACGCGACUGCCACGCCGACACCACCAGCAGCAGCACCACCACCACCAGCAACGCCAGGAGGAGGAGGAGGAGCAUGAAGCUGCGAGAAAGGGACGCGGGCGUGCUGGUGAAUCGGAGAACGAGGCAUUGGAUCAUUUGGCCGCGGCGGUCGUGGAGGGCAUGGUGGCAUCACCUUCCUCAUCUCCACCACCACCAGCAGUCACGUCAACACCAGCACGCGCGCCUCAAACAUCGUCGUUGUCAUCAUCACCAGCAGCAGCAGCAGCAGCGUCGCAGAAGCGGCGACAGAAGCAUCAGCUGGAUUUUGGGUCCGGUGCGCCUGUUGCUGACGACCGCUUCUCGUCCCCGCCACGCCCACACGCUCCUGGUGAGCUCCACGCACAAGAGCACAUGUUGGAGGCCAUCGACCCGUCCUUUGCUUUCACCUCAAGGGACAAGCUCGCGCGCACGCCGCUCAAGGCAGAGCAACAGCAGCAACAGAGCCCUCAACAAGCACGGGAGAAAGGCAGUCCACAUGGUCAACGCGAUAAGCACCAGGCACUGGAACCAUCAGCCAUGCAGCAUCACGGCGCAGCGGAAAGCGGAGGGGGCGUUGAUGGUGAUGG